UAUAUUACAUUCCUCCAUCUCGUGUAAAUACAUACAGUCGGCUUGUAGUCAAGACGCUGUUUUUAUCCAACGAAUCAAACCACGGUCUUGUUCGAGGCCUGAACAUUCGGAAUGCAGUUCACAUCUCACAAAUGGCAAUAUGUUACAUGUACCAUGUGCUAUACUCUUGUGACAAAUGCUCAAGUCAUUGCUUCAGUAUCAGGCAAAGGUAGGAUUUGCCCAAAGUCCAUGCCCGAAGUACAAAUAGAUGCUUUAGAUGCACCACAGAUUCGGAAAGAGGAAAGUGUGUAUACCAACCUGUGAAGUAUUUAAGACAUUGCUGUAUUUCUUUUAAUGUAAUGUUUAAAUGCAUACGAUAGAUCUAGCUUUGCUUUAAAUUGUAAUGAAGGACUUCUAGUGCCUCAGGUGAAACGGCAUGGCGGAAAUCAGCAAGAAGACGAUUGCUAAGGCCGAAAAAGGUCUGAUGAGCCCCAAAGAUGUCAAGGAGGACAUGAUGUUGGUCCUCGGACCUCACAUGAACUGGCAGGAAAUGCUGUGCCCAGCACCUCUCUCCGUAUGUCUCCUAGGACAACUGGUUCUCGUCACACUGGACAAGGACGUGUCUCUUGUGUCGGAACAUAUGACAAGAGAGCGAUUCAAACACACCGAGUACCCAGAGUCUAUGCGGACCAGCAUUCUGCAAGUUGCUGAUGAAGGAUGGAAUGCCUUCAACCUGGCCAACAAAAACAUGGAUCAGAUACGACUGCUGACACUGCAGAUUCCCCAGCACGUCAAGAACGCUGUCAAGUUCAUUGUCAAUGGAUCAGAAAUGGAAGUGCGCAAACUCGUCCCCGAUUACUUGGCUAACAUUAAACGAAUUACUGACACUUGCGUUGUACGAGCUGAAGAAGUGGAGACACGAUUUUGUACUGUUAUGGAUUUGAUAGGAGAACUCCAGAAAGCAUGCACAUUUGCUGAAGGUCAGUAUUCUGAGAAACUCCUUAAAGCUGAAAAGGAUCAUGAGGUGAAGACAAUAAGACUGCAGUCAUUAGAAGAAAGAAAGAGGCUCGCUGAAGAGGAGUACAAUGAAUUACGUAACCAAUUUACAAAGGCCCAAGAAUCAUAUACAAAAGCCAUGGACUCUAUGCCAUCUGGUUGGAGUAUGAUCAGUAUGGACUUCGUGGAAGGGCUGGCCAAAUGCACUCUUGGUGUCUGCCAAUCGGUCACCAAUGCUAUUUCAAGGAAGGCUGCAAAAAAAGAAUCCUCCAUGGGAAAGCAUGUGCAGAAAGAAGAAGACAAGGAAGCUCUACUGAUGAUGGAACUUCCAGGACUAUCGCUUUGUGUAAAGACUCUCGUUGGAGAUUUUGAAGAGAUUAUGCAGGGAACGGAAUUGGAUCAUCUCAUGACGGUCGAGUCAACCUUUGAGGACAUUAUUAAGGCUUUGAAAUCCUACUCGGGAGUAUGUAAGCAGAGAGUAAAGGACAUUAAAAAGGACGGAUGUAAGCUCAUUAAGAUAAUGAAGACUGCUGGCAAGCAGCUUGCCAAGGAACAGGCACAGGAAAAUGAAGCAAAGAUGAUAGCAGUUAGGCUUGAAGGUAGAAUGAAAGCACUGGAGACAUUCUGUGCACAUGCAUUUGGAGAGUCAGUUCAACCACCAACACCCAUGAUGUCUACAAAAGAGCAGGAUAGUUCCAGUUCAGCUUCAGCAAGAUAUAGUGAGCAAUGUAGAUUCAAGGUGGAACAAAAUGCCGCUUCACUUCAGUCAAUCAGGAAAGACUUCAAGAACAAAAGCAAAUCAUUGCAGGAAACCAAUGCCCAUGUGACAUCAGUCAUUGAAGAACUUGCACAUUUAAACCUUGACAAGACCAACUUUGAUGAAAUAAAACAGUUGCUGCAGAGAGGUAUCAAAGCUCUCGGACAGGUUCGAACACAGUGGGGAAAGCUGGUGAGAUUUUUCACAACAAUUUCAAACAUCAUCAAAUGCUGUAUGGAUGAAAAUGUAAAGAAUUUCAUCCAGGGCGCUGAGCGAGGUGCAGAGUUUCGUCUUGAGUACACGAUGUCCGAUAUGAUGAGGGACAUGAUCUAUAUACAAGCAUCUGAAGCCAACAAGCUGUCGUACAUGGUGAACAACCUGGCAGAGAUGUAUGUUGAAGUGUCCGAGAAACAUUUGAUGGAUCAAGUGGCCUGCCUUGGGGAGCUACUUGCGUUGGGUGCAGAGAACGACAAAGGUGCCGUCUCACGAAAGAUGUCCCAGUUGCAAAGACAGGCACAGGACGCCACAGUGUCUAUUGGGUUGAUUGUUGCCAAGAAGCAGCUGGAGUUUGACACAAAGGUGAAGAGGAGGAUAGAGAGGAUUGAAAGGGAGAUGAAAGCCGUCUUACCUCCGCCUCCAGCAGAAGAUUCUACAGUAAAACGGCAGAAGAAAGAAGCGAUUAAAGAAGCUGAAAAGUUCAAGGCUGAACACAGGGUGGUGGACGAGAAUGACUGGGCAUGAUCUUCUCCUUUAACGCCUAAACUCUUGUUAAGGCUGAAUAUUUGCUCCAGUACCUUGUUGAUCACUUAGACUGUCUGGUCCAGACUCGAUAAUUUACAAACCGCCGCCAUUUAGCUGGAAUAUUGCUAAGUGUGGUGUGAAACAACAAACCAACCAACCAACCAACCAACCAGCCAACCCAAUCCCUUGCACAAGUAACUCAGUACCCUGUCCUUUACUAAUUAUAGUGUUUGAGGAUUCAAGGCAUUAGUGUCAUGGAUUCCACAGAAACAAUUUUUGGCCAAUAACCCUGGGUCUAUUUUGUCACAUGACAAAGAAAGAGGAAAACGUGAGGUAGCAUCACCUCACAUCAAUCUGCGGAUGACAUUUUAGUAAAGAACAUCAGUUUGUCCAGAGGGCAACUGGAUCUUCCUCCAUGAAAGUGAAGUAGAUCCCACUGCAUAGCCUUCCAAGUCUGGUCUGCCUGUCGAAAUCGUCUCUAGCUCAUUGCUUAAUUACAAAUUCUACUUAUUUCAAAAUUGUUGCUCUAAACAACAGAAUUACUGCAUUCUAAAUCAAUACGUGGUUGUAGUAUUGUACCCAUUCCCAAAUCAUAUCCUCAGUCAAAGCAUCAUGGUGUCGUCUGCUGAGGUCUGCAUUGAGCAGCACAUCUUCGGCUAUUCUUCGGCUCCCUUCCGGUUAUAAUACAAAAUGGCUGAACCGGAUGUAAACAAAACUAGCCAUCAUCGUCUGUUUCAUGUUUAUCUUAACAUGGCAAAGCCCGCUUCAACCAACUUAUCCGAUAUGCCUGCAACGUAAUACUGGUAUAACUGCAUAUUUACGGCGUCAUUUUUGGCAUUUGAAUAUUAUUGCAAUCUCCAAACCUUUCGUCUGAAAAAGGUUACUUUUUUUGUUCCCUUAAGGUCUGGCAUAACGCAAUCAGACGAUGACAACAGGCUUAGCCUUGACCAUCAUGCAAACAUACUAAUUAAGUCCGUGAAAUAUGAAUCACAGUUAUUCUUUGCUGAAUAUGUCGUACUCCCACAUGUUGUUAUAUGAGUCAUAUUUUAGUAUGUUUCCUAUGUUGGUGUGAAAGUGAAGUAGGUACACCUACAGAAUACUGGAUACCUACCAACCAUUCUUUAGUGCCACGUGAACUUCGUAUUAUAGGGAAGCACGAGCCAUACAAUUCGAAAAACUAAGGGAGCAUCAAAAUACAAAAUAAUCCUUAAUAAUCAUAGAAAAUAAUCGACUUCCGUUUAGUAAAACUAAAACGAUUUUGAAAAUAAAAGGUAAAUUAUCGCGAAUGAAAAAUAUAUACGUCUUUGAAAAAAGAAAGCUACGGAAUUCUUGGAGUUGAAGCGAAUGAGCGAAGGUUGCCUAAAUCUAACCUAACCAUAUUCGUUAAACCAGGGAGAAUAGUAUCCCUGGUUAAACUGACCCUAAAGAAGAUAGUAACGGAUAUCCGAGGGCUAAAAAUGUCAGUUAACUAAAAUAACGAAGUCCUAAAAUAUCGAGUCGACUUGCGCACAUAUUUUGCGCAGUUCUAAAGUUUUCAAAGAUGGCGGAAGGUAUCCGGUAUUCUGUAGUCUUUCCGUAAAGUAACCUUGUAUUCAAUAAUAAUGUAAUGUAUACAUGUAUGUAUCAUUUGUGUAAAUACUCCCUGGGAUUGUGUUUACAUAUUCUUUAAUAAUAACGUUUUCUCCAAUAAGUAUUAUCGACACAACCUGUGUAUUACUUGGAUUAUUGUUGAUUCUCAUAAAUAUAUACUCGCUGUCGAGGUGACAACAUCCCAUAUCGAUCUGUGGAUUGCAAUUCUAGGUGUCAUAUGAACUGUGCAGUCGGGACCUGCUUCCAGUAACCAAGACUUUUAUCACAAUAUAUUUGUAUGACUGUC